AUGGAACUGGUAUCGAGAGCUAUUCAUGGGGACUGGCUAAGAUUCUACGACUUCUACAACAAAAGGACGUGGGUCAAGAAGGUUCAAAUUCAGACGAUAGGUUUCCUGGACCUACCCAUCGAGCUACGAUUGCUGGUAUAUCGCUACAUGUAUCCUUCAAAUGGCUACCCAAUGGACCAAUAUUACGGCAUCCUUUUGUCCUGCUCCGCCAUCUACCUCGAAGCUUCCGAGGAAAUACUCAGCAUUGCAAGGAAAGACUUCGCCCACCUAGAAAGAAAAUGGUUACACGAAUUUGGCAUAGUUAUAGACCCGAUGAUACCAGCAAAGAUCGGAUUUCUCAGCAACACUAGAGUACUAGUCACACCGCCAUUCACCGGCAGAGAUUCCAGCUGCACAAGCUUUAUUCUGAACGAAAGACAUAUUCAAUCUUUCACCUUCGCGGUAUUCGACGGUCAAUUACCGCUCAGCUGGCAUAUCCCCUCUUACAUGGGAAUCGCCGGCUCACAUGGCAACGCUUCACGAAUCUACAAUUACUUAUUGGUGAUCUGUUCAAGAAUUGUCGACCUCAUACUCGAUGAGUCUGCGCGCGAAUUUUUGAGAGAAAAUAUAAGAAAGAGUCAGGACAUGUGCGGCAAACGAGAUAUCUCCGUUCAAUGGCGCAACCACAGAUACAAGUGGGUGCUUGGUCGGGUUGUGGUGGCUUCUUUGCUUUUCAAGUCAAACUUCUCAACCAUUCCUCCGCGUUGGGUGGUAGAGGAAACGGUGCUGAACGGGCGGGUUGUCGACAUAACACUGACGGCAAGGCAAGGAAGCAACAGACCAGCCUGCUGA